UUCUUCUUCGGAGGUGCUCUAACUGCAGACGCAGUCGUUGUCGCUACCGUGACCAACAUCGAAAAAGAAAAAGGCGGAAGUUAGUUUAGCAAUUUACGUCAGGACGAAUUGAUUUGUUUCUCUAUUUGUUGUCGUUGAACUGUGUACGAGAUCAAAAUGUUGAAAGAGUUGUUCAGGGAGCGCCUCGUUGCAGCCGCCGACGAAAUUUUCGCCCUAGUCGAAAGAAAUAUGCUGUCGUACGAAGAGCAACUUUGUCAAGCCAGAGAGGAGAGCGAACGACAUCGACGACAACUCCAAGCUAUUUGCAAGGCUCAAUUUGGCAUAUCCUUUGAAGAUGUCCACCAGUUGAUUGGUGGUCAGGAAGAGCUUUCCCCUCAGCUGCAGUGUGGGGGCUCCAAUUCAGAGCUUACACAGCCCCCCAGUGUUAUAACUAAAGAGGAGGCACCAGAGACCCCCGACGUCAAAGAGGAAGAUGUUAAAAGGGAAGAGGACGGGGCUCACGUCAGCAAAUUGUCACUGUCUGGCGUCUCUGUGGAAAGGGACGACAAUAAAGAUGAACGCCUCAUUGGAGACCAAGCUGGAGGACGACCACAAGAAAAACUCUGGGUUCCACGGUCAGAGAGCGAUGACACGGAAGAACGUGCGGAGAGCGGCGCAGAUGGCAAAGACUUCCAGCAGCUGACCGGUGGUCAUGAAGAUCUUCCCCUUCAGUUUCUGUGGGCUGACUACAGUUUGGAGCAAGAGCAGCCACCGAAAAACAGGACGGUCCGGAGCCCAGAGCCUGUCAACAUUAAAGAGGAUUAUCUACAUCCUGUCCAUAUUAAAAGGGAAGAGUAUGAGGAUGAGGCUGAGGUCAAAGCCUUGUCAAUACCUGCCAUCUGUUUGGAAAGGGAAGGUAAUGAAGAAGAACGACUAAGCGGAGACCACCCUGGAGAACAAUCACCUAAAAAACCCUUAGCUUUUUUUCCCAACAAAUCAGCAUUGAUCGAACACACGAGAAGACACAAAGCUGAAAAGCCCUUUUGUUGCUCAUCUAGCAGUAAAACAUUUGCUCUGAAAGGAAGUCUGGUGAGACACAUGAGAAAACACACAGGAGCUCCCAGGUCAGUCAGCAAUGACACGGAAGAACCUGCGCAGAGCGGCGCUGACGGCAAAGACUUCCAGCAGCUGACUGGUGGUCAGGAAGAUCUUCUCCUUCAGAGUCUGUGGGCUGACUACAAUUUGGAGCAAGGGCAGCCACCGAAAAAGUGGAGGAUCCGAAGCCCAGAGCCCGUCAACAUUAAAGAGGAUAAUCUAUAUCCCAUGUAUGUUAAAAGGGAAGAGGAUGAGGCUCAGGUCAGAGCAUUGUCAAUACCUGGUGUGUCUUUGGAAAGGGAAGGUAAUGAGGAAGAACGUCCAACCGGAGACCACCCUGGAGAACCAUCACCUGAAAAACCCUUAACUCUCCUGUCAGACAGUGACGACAUCGAUGGUGAUGACAAACAGGCCAAGUAUUCCUGUAAGGACACGCCUCUUGCCAAUGAGGACGCUUCACUAAAAACUUUUAUCUGCUCAUACUGUUGCCAAGUUUUUCCCAACAAACCAGCAUUGAUCACACACGCAAGAAGACACACAGCAGAAAAGCCCUUUUGUUGCUCCAUUUGCAGUAAAACAUUCACUCUGAAAGGAAGUCUGAUGACACACAUGAGACAACACACAGGAGAAAAACCUUUCAGUUGCUCAGUUUGCAGUAGCAAAUUCUCUCAUAAAAUAAGUUUGAUAACACAUAUGAGAACACACACAGGAGAAGUACCCUUCCGUUGCUCAGUUUGCAAUAAAAUAUUCAGUCAUAAAGUAAAUUUGGUAAGACACACUAAAAUGCACACAGGGGAAAAAUCCUUUUGCUGCUCCGUUUGCAGUGAAAUGUUCUGCCUCAAAGUACAUUUGGAUAGACACAUGAUUACUCACAUGGGGAAAAAACCCUUUAGGUGCCCCAUUUGCAACAAAGCCCUUUCCAGCAAGGAAACGGUGGCAUUGCACAUGAGAUCUCACACAGGAGAGAAACCCUAUAGUUGCUCUAUUUGCGGUAAAGCAUACACCCAAAGGAAACCGUUUAUGUACCACAUGACAAAAAAACAUGCAGGAGAAUAACCCUGAAGUUAGUCACACCUCGUCCAUAUGUAGCUGGGUAUCUGUUAACUCAUUCACUGCUGUUGACACAAACUGGAUUAAAAUAAAUGUACUGAUACAAUUUUUGGUUCCUUCAUACUGAUACAAAUUUUGGCUCCUAAUUAAAGGAAGUAGCAGAAUACAAAUUUAACUUGGAAUAUAUACAUUUAGAUAAUGAGUGUUUCAUAUUUCAACGUGGUUUAAGAAUGAUUGCAUCUUCCUUAAAUAUCAGAACCGACUGUGUGGUUUCACACAGCCGGUUGUCGGAUGCCACGUUGUCGGAUGCCACGUUUUAUGAAAAAAUGCACUAUAUUUCUUUGCAGUUACCUAGUAUUAAAAGACAAACUUGAAUGUAAAUUAAUUGCUAUCAUGUCUUGGUCAGGCACUGCUGAAGUCUUUUUUUUUUUUUUUUUUUUUGCCAUUAACAGCGCCAAACGAUUGGAUGUAUAUCAUCUUGCUGAUACGGAUGAUGCCAUUUUAAUGAAUCAAUGCACUAAUAAACACGUUAAAAAAAAAAAAAAACAUUGUUCUUAAAUAAAAGGCGAUAUAUUGUAAUUUAGAAUUUAAAAGAAUGGAAUUUUUAUAGUUCCUCUCAAAAAUUGUAUAUUUUUGCAGAUGUGCAUGGCUAGGGCACAGAUUUGGGUCUUUUCAAUGUUCUGUGCAGUCACUAUCAUUUCAACCACUGUUAGUGUUUAGUCAGUGAUUAUGUCAUACAAACCUGUUGCCGGCGGCAAUAGUAAAUGGUACAGCAUGAAUGCGCUUUUAUUGCGUUGGCAUUUACAUUGUGUUUUUUUGUUGUUGUUUUUUUGCUUACAAGCACUUGCUGGAUAGGAUUUGUAGAUAAUCACUUUUGGAGUCAAAAGUGGAAUUUUUCUGAGCAAGGCUCAUCAAUACAGAUAUUGUAUGUGCAAAAAGCCUGCGCAUGAUUAAAAUAUUUUUUUUUUUUCAGUUUUUCAUGUUAUUUUUAAUAUUUUCAUUUGGGUAGGAAAGAGCAACUGUUUGAAAAUAAUUAUAUUUGUGGUAAGAACACAAAACCAUGUUUUAGAUGAUCAUGUGAUUUUAUGUAUCCAUAUUUUUGGGAAACAAAUCUGAUAAUUGUUUAGGUGUGUCUAAAGUAGACAUAAAUUCCAUUUUUUAUCAUAUACACUUAUCUCACUCAAUCUGAAACUUAAAUAAAAC